UUGCAGUCAACAGUGAGCAAGUCAUUUAAAAUCUGGAAAGCACCGGUAUAUGCGUCAUAGUCGACGGCGCGGUAUAAAUUCGUGGCGCCCCCACUGGCAACGUUUACAAUCACUUGAACACCGCGAGAGAAGAACGCGUCAAUCCUAAAUUAUCUUAAAAAUGCCAGUGGAUCUUUACUACGUGCCCGGCUCGGCUCCGUGCAGAGCCGUCCUCCUCACCGCCAGGGCUCUCAACCUCAACCUCAAUCUGAAGCUGGUGGAUCUACACCAUGGGGAACAACUGAAGCCUGAGUACUUGAAGCUGAACCCCCAGCACACCGUGCCCACCCUGGUGGAUGACGGGUUCUCCAUCUACGAGUCGCGAGCCAUCAUCACCUACCUGGUGAACAAGUAUGGCAAGGGCAGCACUCUGUAUCCCGAAGACCCUAAGGCGCGGGCGCUAGUCGACAUGCGCCUUUACUUCGACAUCGGAACUCUUUAUCAGAGAUUCAGCGACUAUUUCUACCCACAAGUGUUCGGCGGUGCCCCAGCUGACAAGGACAAGCUAACCAAAGUGGAGGAUGCUCUCAAACUGCUAGACACCUUCCUCGAGGGCCAGAAGUUCGUGGCUGGGCCCACCCUCACCGUAGCAGAUCUCAGCAUCAUCGCUAGCGUCUCCAGCUUCGAAGCGUCUGAUAUUGAUUUCAAGAAAUUCGCAAACGUUAAACGGUGGUACGAGUCUGUUAAAACCUCCGCUCCCGGCUACCAAGAAGCUAACGAGAAAGGUUUAGAUGCCUUCAAAGCUCUUGUGAACAGCAUGAUGAAGAAGUAACCAUUCAUUAGCAUUUCAGUUCCUUUACAUUGUUAACAAAAUCAGUGUUGUUUUUCAAAUUUUAUUGUGAAAAUGAUAAAAUCUAAGUUGUUGCAGCCUGAAAUUUGUAUAGGUUAAGUGCUUACCCACACUGAUUAAGUAUUUUAAGAUACAUAACCAAAUGGUUCAACACGAAGAAAUUUUAUAUCAAUACUUACAUUCCGUUAUAAGAACUAGGAAUAAGUCACAAUAAAACAAACUAUUUUA